AUGCGCCUAGCCUCGAUGACGUUAACCAUCAUCGCCUCCGCACAGUUCAUGCUGGAAGGGCUGGCGAUACGCCGAAGGCAUCAACGCGACAUCUCCAACGACCUCAACAGUAUAAUCGAAGAAGUGCUGCCUAUAUCGUCAAGUGAAUCAGUUCAGUCGCCCGACUACUUCAAGGAGUAUUUGUCCAGAGGCAUGUUUCAGUGCACGUCGCAGUACGUCGAGACGAUAACAAAACUGCACGAGUUUAUUAAGGUAUGUUAUUGUGAAUUUUGAACUUUUUUUCAAUUUUUGAGAAUUUAAAAUAAAGGGUGGGGGGGGGGGGGGGGGUAUAAAGAUAGGUUUAAAAGCCUUAACUUUACUAAAAAUAAGCCGAGUCAGACCAUUUUUAAACCAUUUUACAUUAAUCCUAACAUCCUAUACCAUUAUAGUACAUCAAAAGCUCUUAUAUUGACCACCCUUCCCAAUGUUAGCCAUGAUGCCUUAUGUUAACCAUCUCCUCGUUUCAGAAAGCACAUGAAGAGUACAAACGCUGCGAACGGCGGAAAGGCCUCACACCCAAGUCGGAGCAGAAUCCGUUCGAGUCGCUGAACAAAUUCAUAGGCCAAUGGCAGCUGGACGAGGAAGCGGAGAAGGCGGCCGAGCCGAGGCCGCUAGCCAAAAACGCGCCCGUCUUUUGA